AUGGUUAAUUCCAAUGAAUACGAGGUGGAGAAGGUGGUUGGAAUGCGAAUAAUCGAUGGUGUAUGGGAAUAUGAGAUCAAGUGGAAAGGUUAUCCCCAUUCCUACAACACUUGGGAAACUGAUUCUAAUUGCAAUUGUCAGGAGGCUAUCAUGUCUUUCAUAGAGGCUAUGCCUAAACUCCCAGCCAAUAAUCAACUACCCAAGAAGUAUUCAACACAUCCACUAUCUGGUUCUCAGGUAGCCAUUCUUUGA